AUGGGUUUUCUUGAACUUCGGGCGCCCACGGCGUUGCGCUCGGCCAUGAUGGCUGCUGGCGAGCCGUGGGACAAUCAAAUAACACUAACAGGCUCCUCGCCGCUUGCUAUUCUCACAUCGUCCCACGACUCGCAUCCACCACUCGACCACCUAGUCCUUCUCGUUUUCGGCGCCGUCCUCGAAGUUGUCUGCGUCAGUUUGCCAGGAUACGUCAUCGCGCGGCUAGGUCACUUUGAUGCCGACAAGCAAAAGUUUCUAGCCAACCUCAAUGUUAUGCUAUUCACGCCAUGCCUGAUCUUCACCAAGCUCGCCUCCCAAUUAAAUGCCGAGAAGCUCGUCGAACUCGGCGUCAUCCCCAUCAUCUUUGUUAUUCAAACACUAGUCUCGUAUUUUGUCUCUCGUGUGGUGGGAAAAUGCUUUGGCUUCAACCGUCGCGCCUCCAACUUUGUCACCGCCAUGGGCGUGUUCGGCAACUCAAACUCGCUGCCGAUUUCUCUGGUUAUUUCUCUUUCGCAGACACUUAAGGGUCUUCACUGGGACAGGAUAAAAGAUGAUAAUGAUGAGGAGGUUGCCGCAAGAGGUAUCUUGUACCUCAUGAUUUUCCAGCAACUCGGGCAGCUAGUCAGAUGGAGUUGGGGUUACCAUGUUCUUUUGGCGCCAAAGGACAAGUAUGACGAAUAUGCCGAUGAGACUGUCGAGGAGGGUAGAUACGGCGCGCUUUCGCCCGAUGGAUCAUCAGAGACACAGGGUCUUCUCGUGGGUGUUCACCCAGACACCGUAGGCAUCGAACGGCCUUCUAGCCCAACUCAUACGGAUGAUUCGGCAGUUUACGAACCUGCCGGUCGAACACCUGUUGCUGGAUCCUCGAGACACUCACCUCACGAGUCGGAUGAUGAGGGCCACGAUGCCUGGAAGAAACCCACCGGCAACUGUGUUGAUGGUGCCAACGGCACUCUUAACCAGCUCGAAGGCAACGAAGAAGAUCUUAACCGGAUUUUGUCCUUUCCUCGAAUUCGUAACAACGAUGAGGUUGAGACUCCUAAAGGUGUCAAGGGUCUUCCUGUGCGCAUCGGCCGGGCCACGAGGAAAUACCAAGCCCGGGUGACCAACUACAUCUGCGACAUCUCCCGCAAGACGUACCAUUCGCUCCCCCGUCCCGUCCAGACACUUCUCUCAGGCAUCUACUCCGUCUGCCAACGCGUCUACAACUUCCUUUGGGAAUUCAUGAACCCUCCUCUCUGGGCCAUGCUCCUCGCCAUCCUGGUUGCGUCGAUCAAAGACCUUCAAGAGUUGUUCUUUAAGGACGACACCUUUGUGAAGACGUCGGUCACGGCUGCCCUCCGGUCAUCGGCCGGUGUUGCCGUUCCUUUGAUCCUGGUUGUCUUGGGUGCAAACCUGGCUCGGAAUACGCAAAACCAUGAGACUGUUGACCCCGAGGAGAAGGAGAUCGGCAAGAAGCUGCUGGUUGCCAGUUUGAUCAGCAGGAUGCUGCUGCCGACGUUGAUUAUGGCGCCUAUUCUGGCCCUGUUUGCCAAAUAUGUGCCCGUCAGCAUCUUGGACGACCCGAUCUUUGUGGUGGUGUGCUUCCUUUUGACGGGGGCGCCGUCCGCGUUGCAGUUGGCGCAGAUUUGCCAGAUCAAUGGGGUUUAUGAGGGGGUUAUGGGGAGGAUUCUGUUUCAGAGUUAUGUUAUUUGGAUCCUGCCUUCGACACUCGUCCUGGUGAUGUGUGCGUUGGAGGUUUUGGAGUGGGCUGCGUGAACGUGGUCACUUUUAUUCCGAAUAGCUCCUUUUCUUUUCUUAACAUUAUAGACAGAUCCGUAGGAGGAAAAGUUUGCAACGGAGGUGGUGGCCGUAGGCAUGGCAGUCGUUUCGACUUUUUUCUUUUCGUCUGGGUUGGUCCAUCCGUUGUUCAAGCAACGCUAGCAAUAGAAUUGGUACGGUUGGUAGGUGGGUAAUAGCGGCGGUCUAAUACAAAUGCGUGGAGAAGGAAAGGGUUCGGAUGAACCUUGGGUUCCCCAUCUGGUUUGGGACUGGAUGUUUUUAUUGGUCUGGGUUAUUGAUAUCCCCCUUUUUGGUGGUUUCUCAUUUUUUAUGUAACAAUAGGCAUGCGUUAACGUUUGUAUGAUUAGCAGCCAAGCAAAGAGCGGUUAGCAUCAUGGGGAUGGAAAGCAAAGGCGAUGAAUAUUAUGAAAAAUUAUGAUCUUCAGCUCGGUGAAA